ACAACAACAACAACAGCAACAACAACAUGUUAAAAUUCUGCCUAAUAAUGUUGCUGUGAAAUGUAAACAUGUACAUUUUAUUUUAUGAUCAUUGCAAUGAUUCAUUACCUUCCACAAAUAAAUGACUCAAAAUUCUUUUUAUGACACUUUGUUCCAGAUGGUGUAAAAGUUUCACUCAGUAGAAGUCUAUGAAGGCGGCAUUCCUCAUUAGAGACCUGAGUUCCUGACAGACCAACAACAUAUAAUAUACUGAAGAUGAGUAGUUCUGAAGAGGUGUCCUGGAUCUCAUUGUUUUGUCGCUUAAGGGGCAAUGAGUUCUUCUGUGAGGUGGACGAGGAUUACAUUCAGGACAAAUUCAAUCUGACUGGCUUGAAUGGGCAGGUGCCCCAUUAUCGACGGGCUCUAGACAUGAUACUCGACCUCGAGACGGAUGAUGAGCUGGACGACAUUCCAGACCACCCAGAUGUGGUCACGCAGGCGGCGGAGAUGCUGUAUGGCCUCAUACACGCUCGGUACAUAUUAACCAGUCGGGGGAUCGGCCAGAUGGUCGAGAAAUACCAGUCAGGACAUUUUGGCCAUUGCCCAAGGGUGUACUGUGAGAGUCAAUCUAUGUUGCCUAUCGGUUUGUCAGACAUACCUGGGGAGGCUAUGGUCAAGGCAUACUGCCCCAAGUGCAUGGAAGUGUACACACCAAAGUCGUCACGGUACCGCCACACAGACGGAGCUUAUUUUGGCACUGGUUUUCCUCAUAUGCUUUUCAUGGUGCAUCCAGAAUACCGACCAAAGCGUCCUAUUAAUCAGUUUGUUCCACGUCUGUAUGGCUUCAAGAUUCAUCCACUUGCGUAUCAGAUCCAGCAACAGGCAGCCAGCAUUAGGCAGCCAGCAAUUUCGAAACCCCACUUUGUGCUAUGAAUUACAACAAUGGCAAACGCUAAUAUUGUUUGACAUUUUGGAUGUUGUUUAGUUUUAAGAUUAACAUUUAAUAGAUGUUUCUCCUUUGUAUUUAUAGUUUAGUACCAUAUAGGCUAUGUAAUUGUAGUACAUGCAUGAUGCAUUGUAUGGCUGUUCCUUUGAGGGAGCUUGGCAGUUGUCUUUGUUGCUGGAAUUUCUGAGUAGGUUGUUUUAUCAUAUUUAGUUGUGGAUGUUUACUUCUUCAGUACCAAGUUCUUGAUUACAUGUAUUCCUCUAUGAAUUGAGUAUUUGACACUUAAGUGGGAAAUUAGCAUUUUCUUCUCUAUGUACCCUGUUACUUAAAACUUUCUAUACUUUCUGGUAACUCCCCUACAGUUUGCUGUCAAGAGAAAAAAUGUUUCACACAAAAAGAACAUUAGCCAUAUCAUAUGACAAGGUGCUAGAUAUUUAUUCUGAUCAUAGUUUGUUGUAAUCGGAGAAAAUUGCUGUUAUGAUGGUAACAUUAUAUAAUGUAGGUACAAAAAAGAUGUUUUUACUAAUUUAACAUUUUUCAGAAUUUCUGAUAGUCACUUGUUACGUGCCAUUGUUUGAAGGAUCGUGAUAUACAAACUGUGGAUGUAAUGUGGAGUACCUUACAGUGAAAGGAGGGGGGGGGGGGUAGAUAUAUCAAGUUUAGAGAGUAAUUUUAAUGAUUUUUUAAACUUUAUGUAUCGUCUAUAACAUAUAAAUAAAAUGACAGUAGAGUGAUUGUUCUAAUCAACAAUUAUUGCUGUGUCAGUGUACAUGUAGAAGUAAUUAAUGCAUACUUAUUCCAGCCUGUUGAAAUUAUUGUCUUUAAGAAAUGGAAACCUAGAAAAUAUUGAUCAUUGCCGUCUUUUCAGUGAAGCAGCUAAAUUAAGAAAGAUUGUGAAAUACUGGGAUGGGCCGACGUUUACUGAUGGUAAUAUACAGCUUGUAAUCUAACUACUUUCAUGACGGGAAGGACAGAAUGGUUUUGAUUAAAUCAGACUGCCUUAACAUAAAAGGCCUAAUAAGCUGAUGUACCAUGUUUCCCCUUUUAUAACAACUACCCCUUCGAUUUGGACCAAGAUCUUGUGAGCUCUGUCUAUAUUGCACAGUUAUUUAGAUGAUGUGUGUAUAAUAUUCACUACAUAGUGAACGGUAUGUAGAAUAAAACAAAUAAUCUAGAUCAAAUGGACUGUUAAUGAUAACAGAUCAUGUACUGCUACAAAACAGUGUGACCUUUUCACCAAACAGUCAAUAAUUUUGAUCUGAUUAGUUCAGAUUCAGUUGACAUGGAAGUGGUGGAAAUUUGAAAGCUAUUGUGUUUAAUUUUUUCACGUGUAAUUAUUCUGAAAACAUGAUGCAUUAACAGUCAUUAUGACAACUGGGAACUUAUCAGGGAUCAUACAGUCACUUUUUUGAAUUUUUGGUAAGAUUUAUUUAGUAUACCAAAAACUAGUUUUCAAGUGACUGCAGGCUCAUCAUCAGACAGUGGACCAUGUGCAGCUAGAUGCUAUGGCCGUAGCAAUUGCAAUUCCUUGUGGAAUCAUCUACAUCUACAUCUACAUGACUACUCUGCAAUUCACAUUUAAGUGCUUGGCAGAGGGUUCAUCGAACCACAAACAUACUAUCUCUCUACUAUUCCACUCCCGAACAGCGAGCGGGAAAAACGAACACCUAAACCUUUCUGUUCGAGCUCUGAUUUCUCUUAUUUUAUUUUGAUGAUCAUUCCUACCUAUGUAGGUUAGGCUCAACAAAAUAUUUUCGCAUUCGGAAGAGAAAGUUGGUGACUGAAAUUUCGUAAAAAGCUCUCGCCGCGACGAAAAACGUCUAUGCUGUAAUGACUUCCAUCCCAACUCGUGUAUCAUAUCUGCCACACUCUCUCCUCUAUAACGCGAUAAUACAAAACGAGCUGCCCUUCUUUGCACCCUCUCGAUGUCCUCCGUCAAUCCCACCUGGUAAGGAUCCCACACCGCGCAGCAAUAUUCUAACAGAGGACGAACGAGUGUAGUGUAAGCUGUCUCUUUAGUGGACUUGUUGCAUCUUCUAAGUGUCCUGCCAAUGAAACGCAACCUUUGGCUCGCCUUCCCGACAAUAUUAUCUAUGUGGUCCUUCCAACUGAAGUUGUUCGUAAUUUGAACACCCAGGUACUUAGUUGAAUUGACAGCCUUGAGAAUUGUACUAUUUAUCGAGUAAUCGAAUUCCAAUGGAGUUCUUUUGGAACUCAUGUGGAUCAUCUCACACUUUUCGUUAUUUAGCGUCAACUGCCACCUGACACACCAUACAGCAAUCUUUUCUAAAUCGCUUUGCAGCUGAUACUGGUCUUCGGAUGACCUUACUAGACGGUAAAUUACAGCAUCAUCUGCGAACAGUCUAAGAGAACUGCUCAGAUUGUCACCCAGGUCAUUAAUAUAGAUCAGGAACAGUAGAGGUCCCAGGACGCUUCCCUGGGGAACACCUGAUAUCACUUCAGUUUUACUCGAUGAUUUGCCGUCUAUUACUACGAACUGCGACCUUCCUGACAGGAAAUCACGAAUCCAGUCGCACAACUGAGAUGAUACCCCAUAGCUCCGCAGCUUGAUUAGAAGUCACUUGUGAGGAACGGUGUCAAAAGCUUUCCGGAAAUCUAGAAAUACGGAAUCAACUUGAGAUCCCCUGUCGAUAGCGGCCAUUACUUCGUGCGAAUAAAGAGCUAGCUGCGUUGCACAAGAGCGAUGUUUUCUGAAGCCAUGCUGAUUACGUGUCAAUAGAUCGUUCUCUUCGAGGUGAUUCAUAAUGUUUGAAUACAGUAUAUGGUCCAAAACCCUACUGCAAACCGACGUCAAUGAUAUAGGUCUGUAGUUAAAUGGAUUACUCCUACUACCCUUCUUGAACACUGGUGCGACCUGCGCAAUUUUCCAAUCUGUAGGUACAGAUCUAUCGGUGAGCGAGCGGUUGUAUAUGAUUGCUAAGUAGGGAGCUAUAGUAUCAGCGUAAUCUGAAAGGAACCUAAGUACAGAUCUAUCGGUGAGCGAGCGGUUGUAUAUGAUUGCUAAGUAGGGAGCUAUAGUAUCAGCGUAAUCUGAAAGGAACCUAAUCGGUAUACAAUCUGGACCUGAAGACUUGCCCGUAUCAAGCGAUUUGAGUUGCUUCGCAACCCCUAAGGUAUCUACUUCUAAGAAACUCAUGCUAGCAGAUGUUCGUGUUUCAAAUUCUGGAAUAUUCCAUUCGUCUUCCCUGGUGAAGGAAUUUCGGAAAACUGCGUUCAAUAACUCCGUUUUAGCGGCACAGUCGUCGAUAACAGUACCAUCGGCACUGCGCAGCGAAGGUAUUGACUGCGUCUUGCCGCUUGUGUACUUUACAUACGACCAGAAUUUCUUCGGAUUUUCUACCAAAUUUCGAGACAAUGUUUCGUUGUGGAACCUAUUAAAGGCAUCUCGCAUCGAAGUACGUGCCAAAUUUCGCGCGUCUGUAAAUUUUAGCCCAUCUUCAGGAUUUCGCGUUCUUCUGAACUUCGCAUGCUUUUUCCGUUGCCUCUGCAACAGCGUUCGGACCUUUUUUGUGUACCACGGGGGAUCCGUUCCAUCUCUUACCAAUUUAUGAGGUAUGAAUAUCUCAAUUGCUGUUGCUACUAUAUCUUUGAAUUUGAGCCACAUCUCGUCUACAUUCGCAUAGUCAGUUCGGAAGGAAUGGAAAUUGUCUUUUAGGAAGGCUUCUAGUGGCACUUUAUCCGCUUUUUUAAAUAAAAUUAUUUUGCGUUUGUUUCUGAUGGAUUUGGAAGAAAUGUUAUUGAGCCUAGCUACAAUGACCUUGUGAUCACUAAUCCCUGUAUCAGUCAUGAUGCUCUCUAUCAGCUCUGGAUUGUUUGUGGCCAAGAGGUCAAGUGUGUUUUCGCAACCAUUUACAAUUCGCGUGGGUUCGUGGACUAACUGCUCGAAAUAAUUUUCGGAGAAUGCAUUUAGGACAAUCUCGGAAGACGUUUUCUGCCUACCACCGGUUUUGAACAAGUAUUUUUGCCAGCAUACCGAGGGUAGGUUGAAGUCCCCACCAACUAUAACCGUAUGAGUGGGGUAUUUAUUUGUUACAAGACUCAAACUUUCUCUGAACUGUUCCGCAACUGUAUCAUCGGAGUCUGGGGGUCGGUAGAAGGAGCCAAUUAUUAACUUAAUUCGGCUGUUAAGUAUAACCUCCACCCACACCAAUUCGCACGGAGUAUCUACUUCGACUUCACUACAAGAUAAACCACUACUGACAGACACCAACACUCCACCACCAAUUCUGCCUAAUCUAUCUUUCCUGAACACCGUCUGAGACUUCGUAAAAAUUUCUGCAGAACUUAUUUCAGGCUUUAGCCAGCUUUCUGUACCUAUAACGAUAUCAGCUUCUGUGCUUUCUAUUAGCGCUUGAAGCUCAGGGACUUUUCCAGCGCAACUACAACAGUUUACAACUAUAAUUCCGACUGUUCCUUGAUCCAAGCACGUCAUGUAAUUGCUAAGCACCCUUUGACAUUGCAGCCCAUCCCGCACUUUCCCGAGGCCUUCUAACCUAAAAAAACCGCCCAGUCCAUGCCACACAGCCUCCGCUACCCGUGUAGCCGCCAGCUGAGUGUAGUGAACUCCUGAAUCACUGGCAAAUUUAUUCUGAUAAUGUACAUUUUGCAUGUUACACACACACACACACACACACACACACACACACACACACCUUUUGUGAUUAGCAAAUUGUUAUUAGAAAGUAAGUUAUUGUCUUGAAUCAGACUAUCCAAACAGCAAAGUCAGUCAAUGUGCAAAACUUGUUACUCUCGCAUAAAUUAAUAUUGGUGUCAUCCUAACAUUAUGAUAUUCUUUGUCAUGACAAAAACAUGUUUUUUGGUUUUGCAGUUUUAUUUAUAAUUCACUGUAAAAAUGUUGUGUGUCAUGGUUAUCUAUUAUUUACAAUGUAAUGGUCUGGAGAAGUAAACUGAACUGAAAUGAUUAUGCAAAGACACAAUGUUUUAAUGCCACAUUGUUUAUAUAAGCCAAAGGGGAAUAAGUAGAAAAACUGCAGAGCUAAUAAAAAAGGUUUUUCUUGCCUAUAUAAUGAUAAAAUGUACUUGUUAAUAAAAAUUCCAUUUUUUAUUGUAUUACCUAAGUUUUAUUUCCUCAAAAAUGACUUUUUGUUAUUGGUGCACCUUUCAGAUGAAAGUGAAAACUGUUUCUGAAUGUAGCAAUUAUUAAAAUUUUAAGAGAAUACCAAAAUUGCAAAGUUGUGUAAUAACCGCAAAGGAGGAUUUCUCCAAAAUUAAAUUUAGUUAUUCUUACUAUCCUGUUUAUACAGUGAAUAGUCUCAUUUUAUUUUACUGAUUUUUCCUCUUGUCCUUUCCCAUAUAUUUUCCUUAAUUGAGAUUCUUAUCUGAUGAUCCUAGUUGAAUACUGAAUAAUUCUAUCCCUCCCAACAUUUUUCUAGCUAUAUGCAAGAUCAAGAUGCUCUGUACUCUCUGUCUGUGUAUGCCUCCUGGAAUCUGUAGCUUAUCUUUGUUAAAUAUCUUUAAUAAGCACACAAGUGCAUCUAUCUUCCUUAACAGUGAAAUAAAUCUGCUAAAUUUAACAGUUACUUCUAAUUAUAAGAUUCUGUAAAUGGUUAAACAGAAAUUAACUUUUAUGGUUAUGAGACAAGCAGUAAGAGAUGUUUAAUAAUAUAAGAAGAGCCCGUUGAAACUAUGACUGUGGUAGUGUUUAUAUAUGCCUGGUUUGUAAAUUUCGUUUAUUGUACUGAUUUGAGUUGCAUAAUAGCAGAAAAAAUUGGAACUGUUGUGUUGUAUAUUGUUAGUCAAGUGUCAGAUAAGAAAAACACGCGAAGAAGAUUCUGGUAUCUUUUGUUAAGCGAGUGAAUUGGUGACUCACAUUCAAUAUAACUAAACAUUAAGAUUUGUCUAGAAAUAUUUAUAGUAAGUUCAAAUGUUUCCAAAGACAAAUAUUUACAUAGCAAGUUUAUGGCUGAAUUUUAUUUCAUUAUUAUUUUCAGCCAAAAUAUUAAAACAUGGAAAACUGCUAUCAGCUUCAUAUUACUUUUAAUUCUAUUUAUUAGUUUGUGUAUUUAUGUUAUAAAAUUGGAAAAUAUUGGUCUGUCCUCAAGAGAAUGCUUGUCAGGUUACAGUAAUUUUAAAUUCAUGGCUAGUUUGUCUUUUCAGACUCCCCAAAAUGUAGCCUAGUUUGAUCAGACUUUUUUGUCUGUUUGAAAUCUGAUGUUGGAUUUGUUGAAAGCUCCCUGCAUUCCUCACCUUCCUAAGGGAUUUUCCCAGUGUAUUUGACCAGUUUAUAUUUGGGUUGUACUUGUCAAAUUCCUUUUCAUUCUCUCAACAGUUGCAUUAGUUUGGUGCAAAAAAUAAUGUAAACAUAUUAAAAUAAAGUAUAAAUCUCAUUGUCAA